CAACACUCAUUUCUGUAUAUAGCACAACUCAAAAGAUGUAUCCCAUUAUCUGUCUUGGGAUACAUAAAUGCUGUCUUGGCUCGCUUCCGUAACAGUCCUCUUUAAGCAUUCUGCUAACGUGUCAUUGGAUACAUAGACUAAAAGCACCUUGGCAACAUGUCUGACAAGGUUGUGGACCCUGCGGCAAGAGACAAAUAUCUCCUUCAAGUAACUGCUGGCCCAUCCUACAACCCUUCGGAGCAUGAACAAGUAGCCGUAAACGGUGCAGACCCAACCUAUAUCGAAAGCGACCUCUUAUCCGCUUGGAUACGCGUUCGUAUAAAGGACUACCAUGGCUUACCUCGCGGUUCGCCAGCUUCAUCGUCGUACUUCGACCACCCACAACAUACCUCGGAUCGCUAUUCCAUCGCCUACUCUUUCGUUCCCAAACAAAACAUGUCUGGCUCCGACUUGGUUAUGGGAUUUGACUACGGCCACUCAAUCAGGCAUCAAUUGCCUCCUGGUUUCAAGUAUGCGAUGAAAAUUGCAACUAGCUUGCUUGAUCCGGGCCUGUAUUCUGAUCCCUACUCCGACCAACCGUACCUGUACGGUCCAGCGCUAUCAAGUUUCUUCGCUUUCCAGAUCGGCGAAAAGACCAGCGUCAUGUCUCCGUCUGACCAACUCUCCCGGCUAGAGCAAGAUUCAGCUAAUGUCAUUGAAGAAGGCGCUUAUGGAAGUGGUGUUGAGAUACGCAAGAUACUGAAUAUGCCUCCUAAAUGGAAGAAGAGGCGGAAAUUCUUUCUCGAUGCAAAGGCUCUGGCAGAUUUCACAUUUGAAAAGGACAGGAUGUAUCAUGCAGAUUUCUUCAAUCCGCACCUGGAUUUUGCGAAUUUCGCCUUGAGGUUACCAGGUUUCUCCAUCAGUGUCGCACGGUACGUGGAUGAGAAGACGCAUCAUCUAAGAUAUGUCUUGAAAAAUCGCAAGACGGAAGAAGCGUUGCUAGUCGUGAUUUUCAGACUACUGUAUGGGAAGGAGUUGGAGGCUACACUGGAACAGGAGAAGAACAAUGGCAAUGUGGCAGCUGCGCCUGAGACGACCACCACCCAGUCAGGAGAAAACAGUACAGAUCAUGAUGGGCAGAUCAAGGUCUCCCCUGUCGAGGAAGCUGAAAGAACGACUUCGCAAUCCCCACCAGCAACGACGGAACACAACGUGGCCAAACUAGAGCGACCGGAGCCUAUGGCGACGGAAUCUUCGGCAACAGAUUCUGAGCAUGACGAUAGAAAUGGCCAAGGCUAUAUUGGCCAAGCAUCGACCGCGAUAUCAAGCUUAACGAGCUCAGUGGUCGCGGUAUAUGCGGCACUAGGUUUUAAAUACUCGUCUUCCUCGGCCUCUGAUUCUGAGGCAUCAAACAGGAGUCGUUCGCCACAGCCUUCAGAUCAAUCCAUGGAAGCAAGGAUCGACGAUAUGGACAAUGAGACUGUGGAGAAGUUCCUGCGGGAUCAGACUAGCAAUGUUCGAGAUGCUCCAAGGGCCAGUCAUAGCCAGGAUGAGUAGACCGUGUAUUCUCUCUUUCCUGCAAUAGACACAAUUAACGUUUGGCGUUUUCUCAUCAGACCAUUG